AUGUCUGAAAACAGAAUUACUGCGUUUCCUGAUGGGAACUCUUUUGUCUUUUUCGACACCUUGAACCUGAAAUUGGUUGUUGGUAAUUCCGGAGGGUUGAUCAAGAUCUUCAAACCUAAUGAACCUGAGCUAGAACCAACUUCAAUCGAUAUACUUGAGAAUCUUGCAAAUCUCUUCAUAGGAGACAACAAGGUUUUGGUUUCUACAACGAGCGGGAAGCUCGAAUGCGUAGACUUACUCACCAACGAAUCCAAAGGAGAUCUCUUGAGAUCGGAGUUGCCUUUGAGAGAUGCAGUAUUCAUCAACGAAAGUAAGAGAGUCAUAGCUGGUGGUGACGAUGCCGUUUUACAUGUGAUCGAUUUGCAAACUUCUCCGUCAUCAAUUUUGAAAAUCCCAGUACCAAACCUGGUGUUGAAUGUAGAUUACAACCCUACUGGCGAGAUGGUCUCUGUGAGUUUAUCUAACGGAGACGUCCAGAUUUAUUCUGUCAUAAAUGAAAGACCAAAUUUAUUAGACACGAUUAAGAGCUGUAUAAGAGAAAAGAUCAACACGUCAAUGGAUGAGAUUGACUAUGUUAAUGAACAUAGGUCGGAAUUUUUCGUCACCAAGACACAGUGGUCCCCGAACGGCGAGUACCUCCUUACUCCUCUGGGCACCAAUAAAAACAGAAUAGAUGUGUUCAACAGAUCCGAUUGGAGCGCCUUUGAAUUUUCCAUUGGAAAAGAAUCCGACAGUACAAUCGUAGACUUUGCAUUAUCACCUAAUGGGAAGUAUCUUGUCACAGUGGAUCAAGAUAGUCAAUUGGACUUAUUCGACUUCCAAAAGAGAGAACACAUCAGGAACAUCGUUUUAACUAAUACAAGCAGUUCGAAGUUACCGCUCAACUUAAGCUGGAGUAACAUAAAAAAUGGUAGUACAACCUUUGACUUAUUUAUUGGGACAACUAAUGGUGAUUUUCUUACUGUCAAUGAAAUUAUCCUGAGAUCAACCCUAGAGCUUGACAGUUUGUUCUUGAACGAAGCAGAGGAAGACGAAGCUGAUGAAGAAGAGGAAAAUGAAUUAGCAGACGAUGAUGGCAGCACUACCGAUGCAUUGCUCGAUAUGAGUGACACAGAUGUACCCUUGAGAAACCGUCACCAUCAGGAAGAUUCCAUGGUCAUAGAUGAGGACGACGCAGAUGACAUCGACAGAAGGUCUAUAUCCGACUCCAGAAGGAAACGUCCAUACAGGUCAUUAAAUGGAUCAAAUGGAACAUCAAUUCUGCAUUUGUCUUCAUCCAGUUCAUCUGCAGUUGUGAUUCCCAAUUUAAAGCCAUUUUCACCAGGAUCUACUCCUUGGAACUCAGAUAAGUCCGCAAACACUUCCAGAAGAUAUCUUUCAAUGAACUCAAUUGGUUACACAUGGGCAGUCAAAUCUGAUGAUACAAUCCAGCAGCAGAGUAUCACAGUUUCAUUUUUUGACCGUGCGAUGAAUAAGGAUUAUCAUUUCACAGACUACAGCAACUUUGAUUUAUGUUCAAUGAAUUCUAGAGGGAUAUUAUUGGCAAGUUCAGGGUUUGAGAAGUCAGGAGGUAAUAUCUUUUAUAGGCAUCAUGAAUCAUUACAAGAUUCAUGGGAUCAUCAAAUCCCAUUGAUAGCAGGUGAGUACAUCACUGCAGUAACGAUAUCUAAUAAGUCUAAUGCCAAUGAAAUUAUUAUUGUCGGAACCAAUUAUGGAUAUAUUAGAUUUUUCAACUUGUACGGAGUGUGCGUGUACUUAAUGAAAUCUACUCCGGUUAUCAGCCUUAUAUCUUCAGGAACAGUUGUUUUCAUAAUUAACCAAGUGUCAUCUGGCACGUACACUUACUCCGUUUUAAACAUUGCUGAAAACUACAAAUACGUACAACAAGAUGUAAUAAUGCCAUUGACAGUCUCAACCAAAAGACAGCAUCAGCAUACACCGUUAAUCAAAGGAGUAUUUUUUAAUGAAAACAAUGAUCCAUGCAUUGUUGGCGGUCAUGACGACACCUUGAUUAUAUUAUCCAGCUGGAGACAACCAAACAAUGGUAAAUGGAUUCCAAUUCUUAAUAUUCAUGAAUGUAUCACUGAAGGUGGAUCGAAUGAAAGUAAGAGAAAUUGGAAUUCUUGGCCAUUAGGCUUAUACAAGGACCAGGUGAGUGUUCUUAUCUUGAAGAGUGGAAACAAGUUCCCAGGGUUCCCCUUGCCAUUACCAGUAGAAUUACCUAUAAAAUUACCAGUAAAAUUCAAGAGAGCAAAAAAGACGAGUGCAAAUGAAGAAGAUGAAGAUGACGUUCUACAAAAAGAACAACAGGAGAAUUUAGACGAUGAAGAUCCAGCUGAAGCAUUCCUUAGAGCGUUGACGAUGGGUAGUAUUGUGCAUGAAGCUCUUACUAAUAAAGAAGAUGAAGAGGAUGAUGAUGGCGAUGAAGACAACGACGAGAUUGUGGAGAGAUUGGAAACUUACAGUGUAUUAUUCGACAAAUCGUUAUUGAAGAUAUUUGCACAAUCGUGUCAGGAUGCACAAUUAUCAAGAGCAUUUAGUGUUGCAAAGUUAAUCAAAACGGAUAAGGCAUUAUUUGCAGCCUCUAAGAUUGCCGAAAGAAUGGAAUUUUUAAGCUUGGCAACUAGGAUUGGUAAGUUAAGAGAAGAUUUAUUAGAUGAUUGA